AUGCCCGAUACUCGUGUUGUAGUUGGAAUAGAUUUUGGAACAACCUAUUCGGGAUUUGCGUACUCGCAUAGAGUAAACCCCGAGAUUGAAACAAAUCAAAUUUGGCCAACAGGCGUAAUGAACACAUUUAAAAUCAACACAGUAUUGAUGUAUGAUGAAAAUGGUGAUAAAAUUGAAUCGUGGGGUUUUAAAGCCUUGGUCAAUAAAAAAGCGAGAAGACGUAUCGAUGACUCAAAAGAUUCUAGACCUAUUGAAUUAUUUAAAUUACAUUUAGGAAGAGAUAUAGAAACUUCAGAAAACUUGGAAUCAAGAUUAAGCGAAGUUUCUACACAGAAUAGACUCGAUUAUAAAAAAGCUAUUACUGAUUAUUUGGGUGAAAUGGCAAAAUUUAUUAUGAGAGAAUGUGUAUUCAAGGCAGGUUUAAUUAACGAAUUACACACCGAAAAUUUGCAACUUACAACUGAACCUGAAGCCGCUGCAAUUUAUUGUAGAAAAGUUUUGGGCGAACAUUUCAAAGUUCCUUUUGGAAAAUCAUUUUUAAUUGUAGAUUGUGGAGGUGGAACAGUAGACCUGACAGUUCGUCAAUUAUUAGAUGAUCAUAGUUUAGAAGAAAAAACAGAACGUUCAGGAGAUUUUUGUGGUGGAGUCUUUGUUGAUCAAGAAUUUGCUAAAUUCCUUGGUCAAAAAGUAGGACACCAUGCCUUGAAAUCUUUUAAAGAAAACCAUUAUGGUCGAUAUCAAUAUAUGAUUCAUGAAUUUUUUCAUAAAGAAAAACAUCGAUUUGAUGGCAACGAAAGUGAAUUUGAAGCGAUCGACUUUGACCUACAAGAUUAUGCACCAUUUUUAAUCGAUUAUAUCACUGAUGAUUUGUUGAAAAGUAGAUUGGAAGUGGAUGAAUGGCAAAUCACAUUAGAAUUUCAUCAUAUGAAAUCAUUUUUUGAUCCUGUUAUAAAUAGAAUUAUUAGAUUGAUAGACAAACAAUUAGAAAAUGUAGAAGAAUGUUCUGCAAUGUUCUUGGUUGGUGGAUUCAGUGAAUCGAGAUAUUUACAAAAUGUAAUCAAAAAAGAAUUUCAUGAUCGAGUCAAGAAUAUUUCCGUGCCUCGUCAUCCUAUGAUAGCUGUUGUUAAAGGUGCAGUGGAAUAUGGUUUGAAUAUGAAGUGUGUUAAAAAUAGAGUGUUGAAAAAAACUUAUGGUGUCAAAAUGUUCAAAGGUGAUUUGUUAACUGUAUUUUUAACCGAGGUCAUACUUGAUACGAAAAUUCCGAAUUUUCAUACUCUUGUAACCCGUGGUACUAAAGUUGACGUCGACGAAGAAUUCUCUGUUAUUGGUACACCAUUACAUCCUAAUUCGAAAACCGUGUCUAUUGAAAUUUUUGAAACAUUAAGUUGUGCUCCUAAAUUUUUUGAUGAACCUGGAAUGAGACAAUUAGGAAAAAUUAAAGUUGAUUUACCUGAAAAUACAAUUACAAACAAUUCAAAUGGAGAAUAUUCAUCAAGUAAUGACAACAACCAAGAUAAUUUAGACGAUGACGAUGACGAUGUGGAUGAUAAACGUUGCGUUGAAAUAAUUUUACGUUUUGGUUCGGUUGAUGGUGUUACUGAUGUUGCAAAAAGUCUUGCCCAAAACGUGACUUGUUAG